GUAGGAGACACCUUAGUUAGCCAUGUUAGCAUAGCGUGCGAUACAGCCUUGCGUGAAUUUCAAGAUUUUUUUUUUCAAUUUCGGUACUGGUAUUACCGUAUUAAGCAAAAAUAUGGAAUUAAGUCAUCCAGAACAAGACAAACAACGAGGCCCUGGAUUUGUAGGAAUUCGAUUUUGCCAGGAAUGUAACAACAUGUUGUACCCAAAAGAGGACAAGGAAAACAGGAUACUGCUUUAUGCUUGCAGAAAUUGUGACUACCAACAAGAAGCUGAUAAUGCUUGUGUCUAUGUCAAUAAAAUCACCCAUGAAGUCGAUGAGCUCACACAGAUUGUAGCCGAAGUGGUUGCUGACCCUACCCUACCAAGGACUGAGGAUCAUCCAUGUGAGAUGUGUGGUCAUAGAGAAUCUGUUUUCUUCCAGUCACAAGCAAAUAGAGCAGAGGAGGGAAUGCGAUUGUAUUACGUGUGCACAGCUCCAAAUUGUGGUCAUCGCUGGACAGAAUGACAGCUAUUUCUUGUUUGUGUGUUUUUUACUAUGGCAUAUUUGUAAAUAUAAUGUACGUAUAAUGUAAA